ACGGAAAAAAUACAACAGACGAAGGUGAGGGUCAUUUCGUCGUAGUUAUGCUGUGAGCGAAGUGUUGAUGAAAUGGGGUUAUUCCAGUCAAGGCAGGACCAUGGAGUCGAAGACAUCGAGAUUCCAGUGCCUAGAACUUAUGGUUACCCUGCAAAAUGUGGGAACUACUUUUCUAGUCACUUCAUUAUGGGUGGCGAGAAAUUCGAAACUGUAAACCCAGAAUGCUUUUUAUUUGGGGAAAACAAUGAUCUGAACUAUCUGUGCAACAAACCAGCCCAGUUUCCAUACCCACAACCAACAGGAACUGAGCCAAGCAGAACAUUGAGAUGCUUAGUUCAUCUCAGGAAAGAUACCUUGCGUCUAGUCAGAAUAUCCGAAAAGAAGCCAUCACAGGUGGAUUGUUACAAUAUUGAGUUUACUUUUGAUACAGAUGUAGCUUGUGCAGUUCGAAUAUAUUUACUUGCAACUGAAAAUCUAGCUGGGGGCAUUGCAAGGUAUACCUCCAGGAACAAGCAAUCAGAGCCUGUGUUCUAUCAGAGAGGGUCAAACCAGACAUACUGCAAUAGAAUGUUCAAUAUUGUCCCUUCAUCACUGAAUGAGGAAGAGUUUCAAUAUCAGCCUGGAGGCACUCAGGGUGAAGCAAUGGCAAUACCAAUUGUUAUACAAAUUACAGUCGAGGAAGAAGAUUUUCCUUCCCAAUGUGAGGUCACCUUUGCCACUUUUGAGAAGAAUUCAGAUAGUACUUACUCAAUCAAGUUUUUAAAGCAAAAAAUUGUUGCUGAUGGUGUUUGUUACAUAAUUCAAGAAAUUUAUGGAAUAGAAAACAAGAAAGAAGGCUCGAAGGAUAAGGAUGAUGAUCUUGAUGAGAAUGGGACCGAGUGCGUCAUUUGUAUGUGUGACACAAGGGACACAUUGAUUCUCCCUUGCCGGCAUUUGUGCCUUUGUAAUGGCUGUGCGAAUUCUCUAAGGUACCAAGCCAGCAACUGUCCAAUCUGCAGAUCUCCAUUCCAUGCUCUACUUCAAAUAAAAGCAGUACGGCGGAAGAUACCAGCUGCAGGUAUUGCCGAUGCCAGUGCUGCAGCCAAAGAGGGAAGUCAGGAAUCAGAUGACUAUGAAGAAGUUCCGCUGGUUGAUGCGCUGAAUGGGUACCUUCCUGCUGAUGGUGCAUCAGGUUACUCUAGCCGGCAGUCAUCUGCCAGGCGCUCGAAGUCACGCAAUGGCUCGCGGCCGAAUUCCAGGAAAUCUAGAUCUGGUUCCCGGAAUGGCAGCAGAUCAAGCGCAGUUUUGCCUCCAGUUGACAAAGUUGACCAUCCAGUUAAUUUCAGGCCAUAUAGUGGCACUGAGCGGCUGGUUAGCGUGCCAAAAUCCAUGGCUGUUCAACAGGUAUCAGAUGCCGAGGAUGCAGCGGCUGCGGCAUCUUUCGAGACGAGCUCCAUGGAACCUAUAUUACCCGACGCCAAGGACGAGCAAGAGGAAGCGGGUCAGGUCGACCUCCAGGACUCUCUGCAAAGCACAAUUCUCAAAGGCAUGAUCAGAGAUGAAUCGGAGCUAGAGACAGUGAAAAGGGACGAUACUGUAGCAGAGCUGCCUCCGAACAUGGAUCUGUCUCUGCCUGGUACUCCGAUGGGCAGCGAUGUCAGCAAUCAAAGUGCAAGCAGUAUCAACACCCAGCGCACCACAUCGACUACUGCAGGUUCUAGUAGCUCAAUUUACAUAACCCAAGCACAGGUUUCAACGCCAUCCAAUGUCAACAUUGAAGAGGCUGAGGGCUAAUGACCCACUUCAAGAUACCAGUCCAGUAAAAGACCAAGUCGAUUAGAUUGUAAAUCUGUGUAGACAUUUGCCGGCUUUUCAUAAUUUUUUUACAUCUUCUGGUAAUCAAAGUAAUUUCGUUUUUUUAAUUACUUUAAUUGUUUUUGUUUCUGUAAAUUUUUAUAAUUGUGCACCCUCACUAAAACGAGAGUUGUAAGUGCCUGGUCAACUGAUUUCAAACCGGUGUUUUAUUGGAAAUUCUUUUUUGGUGUUGGACGAGUUGUCUGUAUGUAUAUAUUGAUAACCAAUUGAUAGAUAUUUCUAAACAAAGCCACUUCAGUGAAAGAAUUCAUCAAAAAAUUAGACAAGUAAGACAUAACAAUUUUAACUUUUAGGCGUCCUCUUAACGAUGAUCACACAAGGCCAUUCUUGAUUCUUAUGUUGAAGUAAUACCCUUGUAUCGGACCGUAUACCUUUCCAGCUGUUCCUGUAAGUUCAUAAGGGUUCCCUGUACCACACCCUUUCUGCCCCCAUAUCAUCAAGUUAAUUUAGCUUACAUGUAUUGAAACCCUAAUUAAUAGUCUUAACAGAAAUAACAACAGUAGUUUUAAAUUAACUUUUACAACUUUUUGUGUCAUCCAGAUUUUGUUUGUACGAAAAUUCAAAACAAAUUCAGAAUUUCGGUAAGUUUCCAAAACAAUAGCAGCUUUAUUUUUUGUGCUCCUGUUGUUAUCUCCUUUUUAUUCAAAUGGCUACCCCUUAUGCCUUUUCAUAAUUUAACAGUUAAAACAGAAAAGUGCAUUUUUUAACUGUAUCGGCGUACAUCGUCACAUGCAAUGAAAAUUUCAUCUACUGUACAACAGUGAGACCAGCCGAAGAGUUUUACUCCAAAAAAUUUUGGGACAAAACCAUUUGCCUAUUGUUUUAAGGUAUCCGCUUUUUGAGGGUGUCGGUUAUUAAUUGGAAGUUUCUUUGUACUAUUUUGCAGAUCUUUGACAGAAUAUUCUCAUCAAUCUGUUCUAGGUCGUGUAUUUCUUAUGUUUGGAAUGUAACAUGCAUUUUAUUGAUUAAAAUGUAGACCCGUGUACCUUUGAAUAUCUAGAACACAAAACUAGAUAUCAGUAUCUCCAACUGAUUAGUUCUUUAAUGAAAUGUUGGUUUGUACAUUAGCGCAACGAUUUCUGUAUAUAAUUGUGACUUAAUCUAUGAUGGCAGUGCUAGCUAACGAACAUAUAAAAUUAUAUCUGGUAGCAA